CAAAGGCAUUUAUUUGAUAUUGUGAUCCGUGAAACAAGAAGAUUGAAAGAAAUCAGAUCUGCAACCAUGUCGUCGUCCGGCAACGAUCCCCGGCAACCGUCGUCGGCGAAGCCGUACAAGCCUCAACCGGUUCACCCUGACAAUCUCCCCAUCGAUUACUCCGGUUUCAUCGCCAUCAUCUUCGGUGUCGCCGGUGUUAUGUUCCGAUACAAGCUUGGUUCAUGGCUUGCUCUCAUAUUCUGUGCCCAGUCACUUGCUAAUAUGAAGAAUAUAGAGACUGAUUUAAAGCAGAUUUCCACUGGCUUUAUGUUUGCUAUUAUGGGAAUGGUGACAAAUUACUUGAGCCCGGCUCGUGGAGCUGUGAAGACUUGAGAUUUUCGACUCGCUAGUUGUUGGAGGUUUCGUUCGAUUGUAAUUGGAUAGUUUCUAUGUUGCAGAUGACUAGUGUUGUGACUUGUGGUGGCAUUAAAAGAUGGAAACUUGUUAUGCUUUGGACACUUGGAAUAAAUGGGUUUUGAUUAUAGUUGUUUAACAACAUUUACUUCU